UUUGUAAACAUUUCAUAAGAUGGACGCGUACGAAACACAUAGAAAAAGUUGGGAAGAUUUGGACGUGACCAAAGAAGAGUUAAAAAAUUUAACCGAGUGUCUAAAAAAGGAAGAAUUCCGUAAAUUAUUAAUCGAAUACGCUGAAGAGGUGACUGAUCCGGAAAAUAGGAAGAUCUACGAGAAGGAAAUCACGCAGUUAGAGAAGGAACGGGGCGUCGACGUUACAUUUGUCAAUCCAGAACCUGGUUACGUCAUAAAAACCAGCGUAAACGGAGACAAGAAAUGUUUUCUAAACAUCAGUAAAAGCGACAUCGUAGGCCGUCCAAGCAGUCAACCUUCUUUCAAACUAGGUCAUCGCGGAUUACAAUGGUCUAUUCCUUAUACGUUGAUACCACCUAGGGACGACCUUGACAAAAAAAAUGUACGUUGCAAGGUCUUCGACGUGGUCUUCCAUCCCGACACUAUUUACCUGACAUCGAAAAAUGCACAAUUUCGCGAAAUCGUUAAUAACACGGCCAUGGAUGGCGUGGAGAGCAAUUUUAACGUGAAAUUGGAUCGAAAAAAUCUCAAAUUUCCAAAGAUGAAUUACAAAGGAAUAUGUCAUCCUACCGUAAUUAGAAAGGCAUCCAAGGAACCACCCACAAAACAAUUGGACAUAGAACCAGAAAUUUAUCAAAAGCUGAUGUCGAGUUACGAUGAUAGCAGAAAGCAACAAUUCAAGCAUUUAGAGAAGAUGCCAAAGCGUUGCUCACCUCCUACGACAUAUUAUAAUAAAAAUGCAGAUAAGGAUACAGACACGAAUAGUAAAUAUGUCACUCCAAAAUUUUCUAUAAAACACCAAUCCGAUAUAGAGCUGGAAGAUUUUAGCACAAGUAGAAAUGCAAAAAUGAAUGCUACAGUACCUAAAAGAUUAAUCGUUAAUAUAGAUUUACCUUUACUAAGAACUGCCACCGAUGCUUCCUUAGAUGUACAAGAAUGUUUCCUCAGCAUAAAAAGUGAACAGCCUGCAAAAUAUUUAUUGGAGCUUCCUCUGCCUUACCAUGUAAAUGCUGACAUGGGUAAUGCCAAGUUUGAUCCAAAAUACAAGAAGCUUACUAUAACGCUACCAGUCAUUCAACCAGUUGUAUCGGUGUCUGAUGCAAGGGAAGAUAGUGGAGUUGAUAGUGAUCACAGUAGUCCUGUACCACUGCUACUGGACGAAUCUACAGAAGUUUCUCUUAGUCAGAAUCACGAAACUAAUCCUAUAUCUAAGUUUGUAGAGGAGUGUGAAACAGUGGUUGCAGUCACAAAAGUAGGAUACAAGAGUGAAACUUUAGAAGAUUCUAGUGAUACGGCAUUACGGACUAGCACAAAAAAUAUAGAUACAUUUUUAGAUCCUAGCAUUACGUAUUUACUGCCAAUGUUUACUUGUAAUAUAUAUAACAAUCAAUUAGCAAUUACUGUAAAUGUAAAAAAUGUUGAUCCAAAUUCCAUUCGUCAUAGAAUUUUACAAAACGAUUUAGGAAUACACAUUUUACUAACGUCUAUAGGUGCAGGAUUUUUUCCUCAAUAUUACUCGUUAUAUUUAACAAUAAGCGAAAAUUCUGUACAUCCAGAUUCUCUCACGAUUGAACCGUGGGAUAAUAACGUUGUAUUUACUAUCAUGUUAAAAAAUGUGGAAGACUUAGCACGCUACUACGUUGGAAUAAACGACACAUUUAUGGAGGAAAAAGAGUUCCCUACUGCUACGUCUUUCAACGAUCAACUAAAGAAAUUAAUAACCGCAGAGGACGAUGAUUUCGAGACGGAUCGAGCAGUCGAUGUACAGGCAGAGGAUGAUGGCGUUGUCAUAAACAUUAGAUCGAAUCAUUUAGAUUCGGACGACGAAGCUGAACGACACAGUAUAGAAUCAACGGACGAACGACCGAAUCAUUGUCAUACUUUAUCAAAGAGUAGAUCUGUUUCAGAGAGCAGCGGGGAUGAAAUAACAUGUAAUAAUAUAGCUACAGGUACAUACUCGAAAGGUAUAUUGAAAUCGCGACGCACUCAUACUUUUUCACGUUCAGUAUCCGAAUCGAGUGCCGAUGAAAAUGGAAUGGUUGCAUCAUCCAUAGAUUGUCAUUAUGAUUCGAUACAAGAUCUGAAUUCUGAAUCAGAUUGUUCCAGCUUAAAAAAGACGGUACGAUUCAACGACGUGGUAUCGCGACAAUUGUUCAGAUCUAAUUCUAGUAUUCUUGGUCAACGUAAAAAGAAUCAACGUAAAUUACGAAAUAAGAGGCGCGCUCAUGAACGUAGAAUGAGCGAAAGCGAAAACUCUGAAACCGAGGAACGCGACAAGUACAAAGCAAAUCAAAAGAAUGCGGAAGUUUGCGAGACUGUAAAACCUAUACUUAAUAAGGAUAGACAAAUACCGCAACAGAAAACUGCCAAUAUCGAAAUCGUUAAAGCGUCAAGUAAUAAUCGUUCCUUGCCAGAGCGAAAGUCGGAUAUCGAGGAAGACAUCGUAAAUGAAAGCCAUUCCAGCAGCUCGAAUGAGCCUGCGAAGGAUGCGGUUAAAGCACAGUUUAAGAAUGACUUGAUAUUCGACCUCGAUAUGUAAAUUCUGGUAGUUUAACAACCAAAGUAUUUUGUAAUGUGUAUGUGAUAAUUUUCUAAAGU